AUGAUGGCGGCGAUGGCGGGGAGCGAGAUGCAUCAGACGCUGCAGGCGGCGGCGCUGCCGCUGAGUUUCCUGGUGAUGAGCUCGGUGCUGCCGGUGGUGAAGGUGCUGCUCAUCGCCGCCACGGGGCUCAUCUUCGCGCUGCCCUACUUCGACGUCCUGCACGCCGACGCGCGCAAGAGCCUCAGCAAGCUGGUGUUCACGGUGUUCCUGCCGGCCAUCAUCUUCGUCAACCUGGGCGAAGCCAUCUCCUUUGAAAACCUCCUCAAAUGGUGGUUCAUCCCAGUGAACGUGGUGCUGGCGUCAGUGCUGGGCUGCCUGCUCGGCAUGCUCGUCGCGUGGCUCACUGACUGCCCACCCGAGUUCUUCCGCCUCGUCUUCGUCCUCACAGGCAUUGGCAACAUGGGCAACAUGCCGUUGGUGCUGCUGUCGGCGGUGUGCUCCGAUGCGCGCAACCCCUUCGGAGGCCACAACGAGUGCAACAAGCUCGGCACCGCCUACAUCUCCCUCGGCAUGUGGAUGGCGGCCAUAGUGAUGUGGAGCACGGUCUACAACAUCCUGGCGCCCCCCGAGGAGUGGUUACCAGGUUACGUGCGGCCCCUGGACCACUUUGGCAUCGACCACAAGUACGUGGACGCGCCCAUGGUGCCGUACCAGGAGGAGGACGAGGGCACUGACAGUGACGAGGGCGAUGGGGACUCUCACGCGGACGGGGAGGUGGGGGAUGGGGGGUGGGAGGUGCCGGGUGGGUGGGAGGCGGCGCUGGGCGUGGGGGUGGAGCCCGUGUCGUCGCGCCCACUGGCGCCUGGGGAGGGCAGGCGUGCGCACCAUGCUGGUGCUGCUGAUGGGAGCGCGGCUGGCACUGCAGGGCUGCAUGCGCCGCUGCUGAAAGGUGCUCUACCAGCAGCAGCAGUGGCAGAGGGGUCAGUGGUGCCGCGGCUGGGCAGUGCGGGGGGCAUGGAGGCGGGGCAGCAGCAGCAGCGCAACGAGGGGUCGGUGCGAGGGGGGCGUGUGUUCGGCGGCGGCAGCCUCGGCAGCAGCGUGGCUCGCACGGCGUCCCGCUCGCUGCGGAAAGCAUCGGUGGCGCUGCUCGUGCGCGCCCCCAACACGGUGAGCCGUGUGAUGCAUGCGUGCGUGCAUGCCAGACACGCAUGGCAGGUGGGAGAGGUGCUCAAGGCGCUCCACAUUUACGAUGUCUUCCGCCCGCCCGUCCUCGCUGCGUGUCUGGCAAUGCUACUGGGCAUGGUGCCGCAGCUGGACUUCCUCUUCUUCCACCGCGACGGCGCUCUGCGCUUCCUCACUGACGCCCUUGCUGUGCUGGGCCAGGCCAUGAUUCCCUGCAUUCUGCUUGUUCUCGGCGCCAACCUCGUAAAGGGUCCCGGGGCGUCCGCACUGCCGAUACGCACGACACUAGCGGUGGUGGUGACGCGGCUGCUGGUGGUGCCGCUGCUGGGCAUCGCCAUUGUGCUGUCUGCCGACCGCCUGGGGCUGCUGCCACCCGGCGACAAGAUGUUCCGCUUCGUGCUGCUGCUGCAGCACGCCAUGCCCUCAUCCAUCCAAAUAGGCACAGCGUGCAGUCUGAGGGGGUUUGGAGAGCAGGAGGUAUCAGCGGUGCUCUUCUUCCAGCACAUAUCAGCCGUCUUCACCAUGGCCGUCUACCUCUUCGUCUUCUUCUACCUCCUCUACGGCUGA